GUUCACUGGCACUCUGGCAGCAUAGCGUGCUCUGCAGUCUGGAGUCUCGGAAGCAGGGGAAAUCGAACAGUCCAAGUCGAGGAAUAUUGGGAAUUUCUCUCCAGCAUGUACACGCUGAGAGAUUUCCUGGGUUUCUUCCUGGGAGCAGGGAUCACGGCAGCCUUUGUCGUGCUGUUGCUGCCCCCUCCUCCGUGCCCGUGCAGCGGCGUCCUGCCGGCAGGUCAGGAGCUGGCCUUAUUGGACAACGGAAGCCAAGCAGAUCCCAGCAUAAAGAAUCUCAGCAUGCUGCAGGCCGUGAAUGCGCCUAAAGACGACCUUGCCGAGCUGCUGAGAAGCGCGGCCAUGGAGGACGACACCAUCAUCAUGACUUACACGAACGAGGCGUGGACGCUGCCGGGCUCGCUCCUGGACCUCUUCCUGGAGAGCUUCCGCAUCGGCGUGAAGACGCAGCCCCUGCUGAAGCACCUGGUCAUCGUGACCGUGGAUGCCAGGGCGUUCGAGCGGUGCCAGCACGUGCACCCGUUCUGCUACUUGCUCGCCGCGGCCGGCACCGGCGUGGACUUCGCGGGGGAGCAGUCGUUCAUGGCCGGGGACUACCUGGACAUGAUGUGGAUGCGGAACAAGUUCCAGUCCCGGGUGCUGGAGCUGGGCCACGGCUUCGUGUUCACGGACGUGGACAUCGUGUGGUUCCGGAACCCGCUGCUGCGCAUCCCCGUCGGCGCCGACAUCGCAGUCUCCUGCGACUGGUUCUACGGCGACAACCCGUAUGACCUCAACAAGUCGACCAACGGCGGGUUCCUGUACGCGAGGUCGAGCGCGCGGACGCGGGCCUUCUUCGCGGACUGGUACGAGGGGAGGAACCGGAUCCCGGGAGCGCACGAGCAGUACGUGUUCGACAAGGAGAAGCACGAGCUGGCGGAGCGGCACGGGGUUACGGUGCAGUUCGUGGACACCACGUACCUCAACGGCCAGUGCGAGCCCAAGAAGGACUUCUACAAGGUGUGCACGUUCCACGCCAACUGCAUCGUCGGGCUCAAGAAUAAGCUGCAGAAGCUCGUGGAAGUGCUCGGCGAGUGGAAGCAGUUCAAGGCACAGCAGGAGCUGCUCGGCAGCAACAGCACUGUGCUCACCAACUGAAAGGGCACAACCCGAAAUGGAAUAUCCAUAUGUUUUUUCAGUGUUUAGGGCUUAUUUGAUUCAAAGGUUUUCUACAGGAAUCUUGGAGAAUUUUUGUAUCCUUAAGGUUUUUCUUAUAUUGAUUUGUGAGAUAUACUGAAUCCCAUGAAAAAUAUUCCUAAAGAUUUACUUGCACUACA